UACGCGCUCGGCCGAGCGGCUGCGACUAAUCAAGUAGAGAUUUAGUUCUUGUCGGUGGUGUUUCUAUUUGUUGUGUGCCCAUGUGUCCACUUAGGAGUUAAGAAUUGAUUGAGUGAAAAUGUGGCUGACGAGAGGUGCAAGUGUCUUCCGUGGUAUGCAAGUUACUCAUCGCAAUUGGAUUAAAAGGAAAACAGCAUGCAAUUAUGGAACGACAACGGGCGAAGGCCGUAUAACCAUUGAUGAUGUAACGAAAGAGCUCAAGACUCCCAAGAAUCCGGAGCUAGUACCGCAGAAAUAUGUGAGUGUUGACGAAACGGGCGCCUACGCGCUAUCCCAGACGGCUCUACACCACCUUCGAUGGAUGAUGCAGAAGGAUAACCUUAAACAAGAUAUGUUCCUCCUGGGCCAGCCAGGACCCCUUCGGAGAACGCUCGCAAUGCAGUACUUGCAAUUGACUCAGCGCGAAUUGGAGUACAUCGCCCUGAGCCGCGACACAACCGAGAGUGACUUGAAGCAGAGGCGCGAGAUUAAGGACAAAGCCGCUGUGUACUUUGAUCAGUGUGCGGUGCGGGCAGCUGUGAACGGACGUAUUCUGAUCUUGGAUGGAGUCGAACAUGCAGAACGGAACGUCCUUCCAAUUUUAAACAAUCUUCUCGAGAAUCGAGAGAUGCACUUGGAAAAUGGGAAGUUCCUAAUGUCACCCGAGAGAUAUGACAAAUUGUUACAAACAUACAGCAAGGAAGAACUGGACAAAUGGGGAUUGCUUCGAGUAUCGGAGGAUUUUCGAGUUAUCGCCCUGGGGCUGCCCACCCAAAAGUAUAAGGGUACUCCUCUGGACCCCCCAUUGCGCUCUCGGUUUCAGUCAAGGAAUGUCUCACAUUAUUCUUACAGCGAGGUGUUUCGAGAAUUGCAUGAUGUGGCGCCGAACUUGGAGGCUAGUGAGUUACAAAAGUUGGUAUCGUUUGGUAUGGCGGUGUUGGCUUCUGAUUCAACAUCGAGUUUGCCAGACUUCCCUAUUGACAAUUUGCGUAGUGUUGCUCAAAUGAUGGAUUCGAAUCCUGCUAUAACCGUACAUGAGGCGUUACUUCAUCUGUAUCCCUUCAAGACACUGCUACCGAGAGAAAGCCAGGACCAAAUAACGACUCUAUUUGAUUCUCUGAAAAUACCAAUCACGCCUAAUAGGCCAAUCAAAUCAAUCGAAGUUACAAAAACCGAUUCUGAUUUGGUGGACUUUCAAAUUGACGGCCACACAAUAGCUGUAAACGGCGGCCCGAAAAAAAUUCGGAAAACUGAAGGUUUCAUUGAUAUUGACUACCAACGAAGCCUCUUGUCCUCUAUGAUUCAAAUGUACGCCGUGGGAGACAUUUGCCUGAUAGGACCCAAAGGCGUGGGCAAGUCCACCCUUUCACUUCAACUGGUGAAUUGGCUCGGUCAAUCGAUUGAGCCCAUGGUUUUGUAUGAAGAUAUGACGUCGAGGGAUUUGAUUCAACAACGGGUUACCACACCUGACGGCGAUACAAUUUGGAGAGAUUCUCCUUUGGUGCGAGCAGCGAAGACUGGUAGCGUGGCUAUAUUAGAUGGUAUCGACAGAUUACAUAAAAGCACGAUAACGGUGCUUCAAAGAUUGAUUCAUGAUCGUGAACUCCAACUUUGCGAUGGAAACAUUCUCGUCCGACGCGAUCGCUAUGAGGAGCUCCUGAAGACUUUCUCCGCUAGGGAGCUGUUCGACAAAGGUAUUCUACCCAUUCACAAGUCAUUCAAAAUCAUUGCUCUGGCAGAUCCACCCAAUGUGAGCUCUUCAAACAACUGGCUUACAUCCGAAAUACUUAGCUUGUUCCUAUUCCUCGAGAUACGACCUUUACAUGCAACCGAGGAAAUGAAAAUCAUCAACAAGCUCUACAGCAAUCUCGAUGAGAAUAUUCAAAAAGUCGUAAAACUAUCGCAUAUUCUGCGUGAAUCGAAGGAUCCAAUGAUGCAAAGUCUUUCGACGACAUUGUCAACUCGUCAGCUUAUCAAGAUUGCUCAUCGAAUGUCCGUCUAUCCACCGGCAAAGGAAGGAGAAAGUUCAUUGAAUUCGGUUUACGAAAUAGUUCAAAACGCUUUCCUUGCAAAAUUUUUGCCUGCACUACCGAGAGCAGCGUUGGAAAGUGCAAUGGAACGGGCAGGAAUUCACAAGCCGUCAGCAAAGAUGGCCAAACAAAAGUCAAUUGAAGUGGAAGGGGAUGUGCUUCGCAUAGGAAAUACGUCAUAUACAGUUGUGAAAACAGAGGCUGAAAGUAAAGUUCCUAGUACACUGUUUUAUGAUGUACCUCAGCACGUGGAAAUCUUAGAAAGACUCCUUCAGGAUUUCAUGAUCGGAGAACAUCUUUUGCUGGUUGGUAAUCAGGGCGUGGGCAAGAAUAAGCUAGUCGAUAAAUUGCUCUCGCUUAUGCAUAGGCCGCGGGAGUAUCUACAACUUCAUCGCGAUACAACUGUACACAGUCUCACUGUACAAUCAAGUUUACGUGAUGGGAUGGUGGUUUUCGAGGAUAGUCCCCUUGUGAAGGCUGUGAAAUCGGGACAUGUUCUGGUUAUAGAUGAAGCGGAUAAGGCACCUGUGAAUGUGACCUGUAUUUUAAGAACUCUAGUGGAAAAUGGUGAAAUGACGCUGUCAGAUGGUAGAAAAAUUGUCCCGUAUGGGAUGGAAGUAAACACCAAAGAUGCAGAUAAAGUUAUCCAGACUCAUCGUGAUUUUCGUGUGAUAGUUUUAGCCAAUCGUCCCGGAUUCCCUUUUCUGGGAAACGAUUUCUUUGCAUCUUUGGGGGACGUUUUCAGUUGCAUUGCUAUCGACAAUCCAUCACCAAGCUCAGAAAUAUUCCUCCUUCAACAAUAUGGUCCUUCUGUCCCGAAAACUACUCUUUCAACUUUAGUGAACGCAUUUGGAGAGCUACGUACCAUGGCUGAUGAAGGGUUGCUUAAUUAUCCCUAUUCAACGCGUGAAGUAGUCAAUAUAGUAAAGCAUUUAGAGAAAUUCCCUAAUGAAUCGAUGUCGGAGUUAGUUGGGAACGUUUUAGAUUUCGAUAAAUAUUCCCCAGAAGUGUUAGAUCAAGUAACUCAGGUGCUGUUGAAACAUGGAUUAGCCAUUGAAACGUACGCGAAAAAUGAGCUGGCAAAAGAAAGAAAGAAGCGAGAAAUCCAAAUGACUGUUGAACGCAAAAGUGGAUUAGAUGUUUCACAACCUAAACACGGCAAGGUAGAUCCCAAGAACGAACCGCACGUGGGUGGAAAUACAUGGGCCGGAGGUACUGGGGGUCGCGAUACAGCCGGUCUUGGUGGGAAAGGUGGACCAUAUCGCCUAGAUGCCGGUCAUACCGUUCAUCAACUAUCUGACGCAGAGAAGGAUGACAUACCUGAAGAAGUGAAACUGGCUGCAAGAGAAAUGAAUCGAAAAGCUUUCGCGGAUAAACUCAAAGAGAUUCAAAUGACGGCGUAUGACCACAGUGUAUAUGAGCAGUUCAGUGCGCCAAUAAGAAGACAAGUCCAGCAGCUGAAAGCAAUUUUAAGUGCGUUGCAAACAAAGAGUAAAGAACGUCUUUGGCAGAAAUAUCAAACUGCGGGCGAACUAGAUGAUACAAGGCUGAUAGAGGGAAUCACGGGAGAGAAGAAUAUUUACAGGCGGAGGGCGGAUGUCAACCCUUUUGCGGACCAAGUUCAAGAGAAACCAAAGCGUUUAAGAUUGAUUGUCGAUGUGUCUGGCUCGAUGUAUAGAUUCAAUGGUUACGAUGGACGUCUGGAUCGUGAACUUGAAGCUGUUGUUAUGGUCAUGGAAGCAUUCGAAGGAUUCGAAUCGAAAAUUGUGUACGACAUUAUAGGGCACAGCGGCGAAUCGCCUAACAUACCAUUUGUACAAGUGGACAAAACACCAAAAACCGACAAAGAUCGAUUAGAAACAAUCAAAAUGAUGCACGCUCAUUCACAAUACUGCUGGUCGGGUGAUCACACAUUGGCCGCCACUCACCACUCCAUCGAUAGCCUUUCCAAGGAAGACCACGAUGAUUCCAUUGUGAUAGUUCUCAGUGACGCGAAUUUAAGAAGAUAUAAUAUAAAUCCUAAGAAGUUGUCGGAGAUUCUGAAGAUGGGUGAACCCAAGGUUCAAGCGUAUGUUAUUUUCAUUGGAAGCUUGAGUGAAGAAGCUGAAAUUAUUAAUUCCAAAAUGCCUGCAGGUCAUGGCUUUGUGUGUAUGGAUUUGACAAAGUUACCACAAAUUUUGAAACAGAUUUUUACUUCAUCAAUUGUGUGAGUGCAAAGUGUGUAUUAGUGACAUAUUUAAAAAGGAAAUAUAGUAAUAAAUUUUUU